UUGCGCCGCGUCACGCCGUGCCGCGAAUCCGCUCGUCGACGACGACGACGACGACGACGACGACGACGACGACGCUCGGCCACCGACGUCGCAACGAGCGUCUCCCCACGCGCUGCUGUCAUCGCGCGUCGCCCGUCGCCGCCGCCGUCAACGUUCGUUUCGGAGUGUGAGCGCGAAAAACGGUCCCGUGGAUAAUCGUCUUUCGUGCAUGCUGCCCGCACGCGUCAUCCUGACCUCUCGUCGACCGCUACGUGCUCGAUCCGGCCUUGUCCCGGACAAAAGCAACUGUUAUGAUACAUGGUUUAUGGACACGAAUUACUAGAUGGUAGAAUGUGAAAGAUUGGACUGUACCAAGUCCAAAGGAAAAACCAGUGAUUUGUGGGAAGGAACGCGACAUUGUCCACCACGGCUUUCACCGAGAUGGUUGGAUUGGCGGGCGGGGGAAGUCAUUUGUAUCCCUCGCCCCCCAUGCAACCAAAUCCAGAGUUGAGAGAGAUGACUGGGAUAGCGCCUAGUGCUCCAACCAGUGCAGAUGCUUGCUUAAGCAUUGUGCACUCGUUGAUGUGUCAUCGUCAAGGUGGUGAAAGCGAAGGCUUCAGCAAACGAGCAAUUGAAUCUCUUGUGAAGAAACUCAAAGAGAAACGUGACGAAUUAGAUAGUUUGAUCACUGCGAUAACUACUAAUGGCGCACAUCCAAGCAAAUGUGUCACCAUCCAAAGAACUUUGGAUGGUAGAUUGCAAGUAGCAGGACGGAAAGGUUUUCCUCAUGUGAUUUACGCUCGCAUUUGGAGAUGGCCAGAUUUACACAAAAACGAACUGAAACAUGUGAAAUACUGUCAGUUUGCUUUUGACUUGAAAUGUGAUUCCGUAUGCGUGAAUCCCUACCAUUAUGAGCGAGUGGUAUCUCCGGGCAUAGACCUAUCCGGCCUAACAUUACAAUCCGGUGUGGGUGUUGGUCCCGGUGGAAGACUGGUUAAGGACGAGUAUACAGUCGGCGGCGGCGGCACGGCUGCAGCCGCUGCCGCAGUCGGAUCCGCGAUGGACGUGGACGGUGAGAUGAAUCAGACGAUUCAGCAUCAUCCACCGACUCAGUCAACCGCCUCGAACAAUGCACAACAAGCUCAGCAGAGCUUUAUACCGGGUUUACCACCGCCCAACUCAACCAGUACUGAGGGUAUGUUUAGCGCCGGUGGGGGCGGCAAUAAUGGUAAUCCCCAUGCUAAACUGGACGACAAUAAUUGCCCCAGACAAACCUGGAUACCCACGCCUCAUCACUCGGCAAGCCGUAACAUGCAUCAUCCAGUAGUACAUCCAAUGAGUCACACCGUAGGUAGCCAGCAACAGUCGCUGAAUGCAGCGUCGAGCGGAACGUCUGGUGCGCAGAUUCUGAGUCCUGCGCAAGGACAAUCGACUGCUGACACAUUCUACAAUACUACUACACCUCCUCAGGAUAUCAACCAAUCCCCAACAGUUGACGCGUUAGCGGCUUCUCUGGGUGAAGGGCAGAGUUCUCCUGUGUCGCCUGUUCAUCUUCACCAUCCAAACGGCUUUCCCGUGGGUACAGCCCCGUACAAUUCCGGUGCACCACAAUGGACUGGUGCCAAUACUCUCACAUAUACUCAAAGCAUGCAACCACCAGAUCCUCGACAUCUUCAUACUACAUCAUAUUGGGGAGGUCAUGGAAAUGACGUUAGUGGAAACAUUGGAGGAUUGCUCUCUACGCAACCAGCACCAGAAUAUUGGUGUUCCGUUGGUUACUUCGAAUUGGACAUCCAAGUCGGAGAAACGUUCAAAGUCAGCAGUGGUUGUCCCACGGUCACCGUGGAUGGCUAUGUAGAUCCUAGUGGCGGAAACAGAUUCUGCUUAGGUGCCUUGAGCAACGUGCACAGAACAGAACAGAGCGAACGGGCACGUCUUCAUAUAGGAAAAGGCGUUGUAUUGGAUUUGAGGGGUGAAGGUGAUGUUUGGCUGAGAUGCCAGAGCGAACACAGCGUCUUUGUACAGUCUUACUACUUGGAUAGAGAGGCAGGCCGGGCACCUGGUGACGCAGUACACAAAAUCUAUCCCUCGGCGUACAUUAAAGUCUUCGAUUUAAGGCAGUGCCACAAACAGAUGCGAGGCCAAGCCGCCACCGCUCAAGCCGCCGCAGCAGCGCAAGCUGCAGCUGUCGCAGGCCAUCUCACACACGGAGCGCCUAUCACCAAAAGUCUCAGCGCGGCUGCAGGGAUUGGAGUCGACGAUUUACGAAGACUUUGUAUCUUGCGUUUAAGUUUUGUUAAGGGUUGGGGUCCAGAUUAUCCGCGACAAAGUAUAAAAGAAACGCCAUGCUGGAUUGAGGUGCAUUUACACAGAGCGCUUCAAUUGCUGGAUGAAGUGUUGCAUACAAUGCCCAUCGAUGGACCACGAGCAAUCGAAUAAUUUCAUCGAUUCGAGUUAUGAGAGACGUAAAAAGAGCAUCACUAUGUUGUUGCUAAAGUCGAGUGUAACAUACGUUUGAACAAUCAUACAAGUAAUUUUGGCUUGGGAACGCGAGUGGACACACCGGAUGGACCAAAUUCAUCAGACGUAUGAUCAAACGAUUAAAACGCGAAAUUUGGCUGGGGAGCUCGGGGAAGAGAUCUUGCGGAAGCUAUUUAUAUAUUUAACGACUCGUGAUAUAAUAACCUGUGUAGGACAGGGGUUCCCAAACUCUCCGACGUCCAUGUUACAGAUGGUCCGUAGAUAAAAUAUUUGUAUAUUCUAAAAUUCUAUACAUUUUGCAUGUGCAUAUUUUUUUUUUAUCAUAGAGUGUACAUAAUGUAACUCGUCUCUAUUUUUUUAUUUGCAAAUAAUUUUUGUUAGACAAUCGAAGAGAAGAAGGGAAAGACUAAUAUGCGCGCGCGUUAGUUAUCACAUAUAAUACAUAAAUGAUUUAGUAUUAAAUCGAAAUUUACAUGUCAAAUUCUAAUUGGAGGCCCCUUUAAUUAUUUUUGCAUUAUUAUGUCCCAGAAUUUUUUGUAGAUAACUGAGAAAAAUAUCGACGGAAAUUAUUAAACCAGAAACUGUUUAUUAAUUUUUUUAUAUAC